AGUAGUAGUACUCUUGCUUCUUAUGCUCUCUCUCUCUUCGUUUUGAAACUCUAUUUUCAUUAGACUGUUUUUAUUUUAUAACAACUUAUAUGAAUUAAAAAUCAAAAGAAGAGAAAGAGAGAAUGGAGAAUAAUGAGAAGAAAAGAAGUAAGGGACGACAAAAGAUUGCAAUACAGGAAAUAGCAAAGAAGAAGAGUUUGCAAGUAACAUUCUCUAAGAGACGGACAGGUCUUUUCAAGAAAGCUAGUGCAUUAUGCGGUGCUCAAGUUGCCGUCAUUGUUGAAUCACCAGCCGGUAAAAUCUUUUCAUUCGGUAACCCUUCUGUCGACUCUGUUAUACACCGAUAUGAAACCGGUGAUGUCAAUGAUAGUAGGAAAAAGUAUUUGGAUGCUAAGGAAGACUUGGAGGACAAGGCAUCUAAUUGGUCUGUGGAGAAUUUAGGGUUACAAGAACUUGAAGAAUGUAUGGCUGCUAUGCAACUUUUGAAGAAGAAUUUAUUGAAAAGAAGUGAUGAUUUGACUUCUUCUUCUUGUGAUGAUGUUUUGAUUCCCAAUAUGACUUUCAGCCAAUUUGGAGCCCUUCCUCUUCAGUACUAUGAUGUGGGAGGACGUUCAAAUUAAACAUUCUAAUGAAUGGGCUGAAUAUACUACUAGUUUAAGAUGACUUUGGACAAAUUAGUUUGAUGAUGCUACUAAAUCAGUAGUUGGUAAUUUCUUGAUUUCUAACCAGUAAGCAAGUGUUGAUUUUUUGUAGCCAGUUAUUGACAGAAAGCUAAUGAUGAUUAUUCUAAAUUUUGUGCUUUUUUGCUGUCCAGUUUGUUCCUGAUGUUGUGCUAAUUUGGGCAUAUAAGGUUUAUUUUCUUAAUUUUUAUGAAGAAGAUGAAAAUAGAAAAAUUACAGUAGUUUAUUCCAUGUGUUUGUUUACAUGCAUGAUAUCCCUCCACCACUUUCUCAAAGUAUGUUAUUUUCUUAUUUGCAUCUACUUCAUUAAGUUGAUAAUGUGUUUCAGAUGAAGUAGCAAUGGUUAAUCAAUCUGAACAAAAGGGAUAAUACCUGUUCGAUAAAAGUCCCCUAAAAAUA